AUGCUGAGAAUCUCGAAUCUUUCGACAUCUUCUCGAUACGUGCCAAUUACAAAAUUAUGGCUUCAACUACGUCAUCUCUGCUCACCAUCAUCAUCACCAUCUUCUUCUUCACUCUCUGUACCUAGCGAAGACCAUAUCGUCCGUCUCAUCCUAGACCAAAAAUCACCUUCAGGAGCUCUGCAAACUUUCCAAUGGGCUUCCACUUUCCCUGGAUUCAUCCACUCUCGCUCCACCUACCGUGCUCUCUUCCACAAGCUCUGUUCUUUCCGCCGAUUCGAAACUGUCUACCAACUGCUCGACGAAAUGCCUAAAUCUAUCGGCUCCCCUCCUGACGACACUAUCUUCAUAACUAUCAUCCGAGGAUUAGGACGUGCUAAACUAAUCAAACGUGUGAUCAAUGUCCUCGAUCUUGUUUCCAACUUCGGGAUGAAACCAUCUGUAAAAGUUUUCAAUUCGAUUCUUGAUGUUUUGGUGAAAGAAGAUAUUGACAUAGCUAGAGAGUUUUUCACAAGGAAGAUGAUGGCUAGUGGGAUCCAAGGUGAUGAGUACACUUAUGGAAUUUUAAUGAAAGGUCUUUGCUUGACCAAUAGGAUUGGUGAUGGUUUCAAGCUUCUUCAGAUCAUGAAGAAGACGCGCGGUGUGGCUCCAAACACUGUGAUAUAUAACACCUUGCUUCACGCUCUUUGCAAGAACGGGAAAGUUGGGAGAGCUAGGAGUUUGAUGAGUGAGAUGAAGGAACCGAAUGAUGUGACUUUCAACAUCUUGAUAUCUGCCUACUGCAACGAACAGAAGCUGGUUCAGUCAAUGGUGCUUCUGGAGAGAUGCUUCAGUUUGGGUUUUGUUCCUGAUGUUGUGACGGUCACUAAGGUGAUGGAAGUUCUAUGCAGUGAAGGCCGUGUAUCCGAGGCGCUUGAGGUGUUAGAGAGAGUGGAAGGAAAGGGAAGUAAAGUCGAUGUUGUAGCUUGUAACACUUUGGUUAAGGGGUACUGUGCGCUAGAAAAAGUAAGAGUUGCUCAACGCUUCUUUAAGGAGAUGGAGAGAAAGGGUUACUUGCCUAAUGUGGAAACAUACAAUUUGUUGAUUGGUGGGUUAUGUGAAGUUGGAAUGUUGGAUUCAGCUCUUGACACUUUCAACGAUAUGAAAACAGAUGCGGUUAGAAGGAACUAUGCUACAUUCAACACGUUGGUGAAGGGACUAUCAGUAGGAGGGAAGGUUAACGAUGGUUUAAAGGUAUUGGAACUGAUGGAGGAAAGUGAAAACGUUCGUGGGGCCAGAGUUGAUCCGUACAAUAGUAUAAUCUAUGGCUUUUACAAAGAAAACCGUUGGGAGGAAGCUCUAGAGUUCUUGCUAAAGAUGGAGAAUUUGUUUCCAAGGGUUGUUGACAGAAGCUUCAAGUUGAUAAGUUUAUGCGAGAAAGGCAGUGUGGAUGAUGUAAAGAUGGCGUAUCAUCAAAUGAUCGGAGAAGGAGGAGUUCCUAAUGUUAUAGUAUUCCACUGCUUGGUUCAUAGAUAUAGCCAAGAAGGCUGCAUGGAAGAUACACUUGAGAUUAUAAACGACAUGGUGACAAGAGGCUACUUGCCUCAAUCAUCAACAUUCAAUGCGGUCAUUCUCGGGUUCUGUACGCAAGAUAGAGUCAUGAAUGGCCUGAAGUUUGUGGAAGACAUGGCUGAAAGAGGUUGUGUACCUGAUGGAGAAAGCUACAAUCCGUUGCUCGGAGAACUGUGCAUGAAGGGUGAGUUUCAGAAAGCUUGGUUGACUUUCUCACGAAUGGUGGAGAAGAAUAUUGUCCCUGAUUCUUCUAUAUGGAGUUUGCUGAUUUAUUGUCUCAGCCAGGAAACAGCGUUCCACAUAGACAUAGACACUUUAUUGCAGGAGAUAAUCAAAACUUAA